UCCGCUAAUCCCCGCAUCUCGCCACACACGAGCGUUCGUUCACCGUCUCGAUCACUCUCUCUCUCUCAGGCAGCCCGAAACUUGCUCUUCUUCUUCCUCGUCGUCCUCGCCGCUAUCCACAAUGUGUGGGAUUUUGGCCGUCCUUGGGUGCGCCGACUGGUCGCAGGCCAAGAGGGCUCGCGUCCUCGCCUGCUCCCGUAGGCUGAAGCACCGUGGACCGGACUGGUCCGGGCUGUUCCAGUGUGAGAGCAACUUCCUGGCGCAGCAGCGGCUCUCCAUCGUCUCCCCGCUCUCCGGCGACCAGCCCCUCUACAACAAGGACCGCACCGUCGUCGUCGUGGCCAAUGGAGAGAUCUACAACCACAAGAAGAUCCGGAAGCAGUUCGCCGCCAAGCACGCCUUCACCACCGGCAGCGACUGCGAGGUCAUCAUCCCUCUGUAUGAGGAGUACGGCGAGAACUUCGUUAACAUGCUCGACGGUGUCUUCUCCUUCGUCCUGUUCGACACCCGCAACAAGACGUACAUGGCCGCCCGCGACGCCGUUGGGGUCAACCCGCUCUACAUCGGCUGGGGCAGCGAUGGCUCCGUCUGGAUAUCGUCGGAGAUGAAGGCGUUGCACGAGGACUGCCCAAAAUUCGAGCUCUUCCCUCCGGGGCACCUCUAUUCGAGCGCCGCCGCGGGUUUCCGGCGCUGGUACAACCCGGAGUGGUUCCUGGAGCACGUCCCGGCGACUCCCUACCAGCCCCGCGUGCUCAGAGAGGCAUUCGAGAAGGCUGUCAUCAAGAGGCUGAUGACCGAUGUGCCCUUUGGCGUUCUCCUCUCCGGCGGGCUCGACUCAUCUCUCGUCGCCUCGGUCACCAAGCGCCAUCUCGUCGAGACUGAAGCUGCUGAGAAGUUCGGAACUGAGCUCCACUCCUUUGUCGUUGGCCUAGAGGGCUCGCCUGAUCUGAAGGCGGCAAGGGAGGUUGCUGAUUAUCUCGGAACCAUCCACCACGAGUUCCAUUUCACUGUCCAGGAUGGCAUUGAUGCCAUCGAGGAAGUGAUUUAUCACAACGAGACCUACGACGUGACGACGAUCCGUGCGAGCACGCCCAUGUUCCUCAUGGCGCGCAAGAUCAAGGCGCUCGGAGUUAAGAUGGUGCUGUCAGGGGAAGGGUCCGAUGAGCUCCUUGGUGGCUACCUCUACUUCCAUUUCGCCCCAAACAAGGAGGAGUUCCACAAGGAAACCUGCCGCAAGGUGAAAGCGCUCCAUCAGUAUGACUGCUUACGCGCCAACAAGGCGACGUCAGCGUGGGGCCUGGAAGUCCGCGUGCCGUUCCUCGACAAGGAGUUCAUUGAGGUUGCCAUGAGCAUGGACCCCGAAUGGAAGCUGUACGACCCUGAUCUUGGUCGCAUGGAGAAGUGGGUAUUGAGGAAGGCCUUCGAUGUCGAGGAGGAGCCUUACCUGCCGAAGCAUAUCCUCUACCGCCAGAAGGAGCAGUUUAGUGACGGUGUGGGGUACAACUGGAUAGACGGCCUGAAGGCCUUCACGGAGCAGCAGGUCACCGAUGAGAUGAUGAAAAACGCCGCAGAAGAGUACCCAUACAACACGCCUAUCAACAAGGAGGCGUACUACUACCGAAUGAUCUUCGAGAGGCUCUACCCUCAGGACUCGGCGAGGGAGACCGUGCCCUGGGGCCCGAGCAUCGCGUGCAGCACGCCGGCGGCAAUCGAGUGGGUGGCGCAGUGGAAAGCCUCCAACGACCCCUCCGGCCGGCUCAUCGCCUCGCACAACGACUCCUCCGCUGCCGGCCCCGCCGCUCACACCGAGGACGUUGGCCAUACCAGCUGCAAAGGCAUCGUUAACGGGGUGGUGACGGCCAACGGCAACGGCCACAUCAACGGAGUGGUGCCGAACGGGAAAACCAACGGGAUUCUGGGAUAACCCGGUGGGUGCUCCCUGCGGCUAGGCCAGCCGUAGCAGAGGAUAUGGCUAGUAGUUCUGUGCGUGUCCUCAGAACUGAUGGCCCGUGCAAGCCAUUGGUUGAGCAGCCGGUGUUGUUGCUGUGUAUGUGUUGUACUACUUGGUGUUGUAACGUUUUUUCGAUGUUUUGUGUGUGUUGCGCCUGCGCGCGGGCGUGAGCAAGCUAGCGCGAGACAUCCAGCAAUUCAAGGAUUAUCAAUGUGGAAGGGUGAUCACCUGUACCAGGUCGUGAAUUGAGUUAUAUCAUCAAAAAUUGAUCGAUCCCGAAUUCCCAAUC